GUAUAAUUUUUUGUUGUUCAAUUUUGCUAAGACGUGCAACGGGGCCUAAGCUUUUCGAGACACAUGCACACCCAUACAUAUGCAGAGACAAAUUGUUAAAAGAAAAGUAUAAUAUACCUACCUAUAUACAUAUAUGGUAGAUAAGCGAACAAAAAACGUAACAUUAACGCAUGAGACGAGACACACUCUUCGCAAGCGUAAGAGCAAGAGAAAGAGGCAGGUUUUUAAAGAGAGAGCCAUCAAUACGAUUAACGGAAUGGCCAACGGCCAGUCGUAGCGGCAGAGUGCCAAGUGCGCACAACAUUUGCAAACUUGUUUUUUAAAUUUUGCUCUACGCUUCACUUCCACAAUAACUAUAUUACAACAACAACAACAGUAAAUAGAGGCAUAUGAUACAAGGCACGUACAAACGAAUCGUCAAGACAUUUGUCGUUGGCUCUUGUUGCUCUCUAAGACUGAUCGCGAGCGUGCUACGGCUGCUGAGAGAAUAGAGCAAAAUAUACAUACAUAUGCGCUUGCGAGUGUGUAUGUGUGUGUAUGAGAGAGCGAGAGAGAGAGAGAGACACGAUCGCACUCGUCAACGUUUGCUGUCUUAACAUUUGUCCACGGGGCGGUGAGAGGUGUAAUAAUAAACGAGUGCACAGCAGCAGCAGCAGCGGAGCAAAGCAAAGCAGCAACGGCAACCACUUGAAAGCAACUCGUUUCGAUUUCAUUUAGCAGAUACCUUUUGUACGUUGAUUAAGAUACCUUGGAAUAGAGAGAGACACAAGCAAAAAAAAAAUAAUACAUAUGCGUUAAAAACAACAAAAAAGGAAAUCAAGUGCAAUUAUAGAAUAAAAUUGCUAACGUGAUUAUUAAAUUCUCUCCAGUGCCAAAAGAAAAAUGUGUUAAAUUUAACUCGGCAAAAUUCCAAAGCAAAAAUGUCUUGAGUAAAAGUGGUUGGUGUAAAAACCCAAAACACAUACAUACACACAUAUACGAUACAUGUGUAAGUCUACACGCGAAAACAGCAGCAAAUGAAUGAAAAAUGAAAAAUAACAAAUAAGUGGCUAAAAGGCAUUAUAAAUUAACAAUAUUUCAAGUGCUGAACUCUGUGCCCACAAUUUGAAAUCGGUUAAGAGUGUGUGUGAGUGUAUGCGCUAAGAAAAAAGAUAUUUACACACAAUCUUACAUAUAUGCAACUAAUAUAGAAGUGGACAAAAAAUAUAAUAAGCAACAGCAGCAGAGAGAAAAAAUUAUAAAAAAAUCAACGUACAAACACAGAUGAUUUUUAGCAAAAAGUAAAAAAGCGAAAAGAAAAAGAUCAAGCAGCAACAGCAAUAACAACAACAAUAAGCCAAUCAAAAACAGCAGUCAUCUCGCUUUAGCACACUGCGAUCAACGAGAACGAGAGAGUAGAGCAAACGAGUGAGCGCGCGCACACACCACCAAAAGCAGUCAAGCGACGUGUGUGCUCAUAUUUUAGUAGUAUGAGUAUGUGUGUAUGUGAACAGCAUUGAUUGCUUGUUGUUGCUGUCUUUGAUUUCGACUAUGGCUGCUGACUUUUGAGCGACUCACAGACACAAAUAACACACACACGGACAAUUAUAUUGACAAGUUGAGCACCUGGCGCAGGAGUCAGUCCGGUCGCACUUUCAACGCAACUCACAGCAGCAGCCAAAGCAAAAGUUACAACGAGUCAAAACUAUUGUACGUCAGCCAGCCUCUAACGCCUUUCUUGCCGCCGCAAUACAACAGCAACUAAAACAACAAAAGCAGUGCAUACAUGUUUUACCUUAACCCAAUUAAGACUCACACAUAUCAUAUAUUAUUUAACAAAAGAAAUUGAGCGUUAUUUACAAGUAGCACAAACUUGAAGAGAGCAACGCUGAUACAACAACGAAAGCAACAGCAUCAGCAAGGUGUGCAAAAAUGUAUCAGACUUUUUGAAAGUAGAUACAUCUGAGAGAGAGAGAGAGAGACAGAGACCUAUACGGAAGUGAAAUUCUCAAGCAACAACAAAUAACAAAAUAUUUAAACGCUCUCUGUGUGUGUGUAUUGGUGGUGGUCUGCCUGCAUUUCAAAUUAACAAAAAAAAAAAACAAAAUUGACAAAAAGAAAGAAAAGAAACGCAACAACAGCAGCAAGUUUGCAGCUCCGCUCAAAGACUCUCAAGAGAGGCGCGUUACAUGUGUGUUCACAUGUAUGGAUGUGUAUCUGUAUGUGAAUAAACUGAAUACAACAACAACAAGAAAGAUUCGCCAUUGGUUACUUCGAGGCUUCGAGCAACAUCAGCAUCACUUCAAUAUCCUGCAUAUCGUUCAGGAACCAGCCAGCUAAUCCAACAGCUACAACUUCCAAAUUUUAAACAACUUCCAUUGCUCUGCUUCCCAAACAACGCAACAACACUCGAUCAAUUUUUAAGAUUGCAUUUCGUAUGUUAUUAUUUUGUCAAUUGUGCAACACUGGAGUGUUACAGAUCAAAAACAAAAAUAUUGCCAUUCGUCAGCAACUAAUUUAUCGAUCAAGUGCUGAGGAGAAAGAAACAACAAACAACAAUUUUUAAAUAUAAAUAUUACAAAGCUUAAGCAUUGAAAUCAUAAGAGAAAGAGUUUUGAGGGCGGUGAUCGCGUUAUGAGCAAUUCGAUUGCAUCAACAAAAUGCCUGCCCAAUGUCUCGCUCUCGUCCGGCAAUUAUGGAAUGUCACAAAGCCACCGUUAUACCGAUGAUAAUAAAGAGUAUAUAUUCCUUAAGCUCACCGACUCUGCGUUUCGUGCCAUUGAAGAAUAUCAAAGAAACGAGCAUGCCAAACGCUUGGCGCCCGGACAAUAUGCAAAAAUCCAAUUCAAUUGCAACACUGGCGUCAUACAUUUCCCGCUGCCCAGCAGCAGCGACAAUGCUGCUAAUGGCACUGGCAACGGCAACAAUGAGAAUGGACGUAAAUUCGGUUUUACCAUUGAUGACAACGAGGGCACACUGGAGUGCAUACAGCAGCAGCAUCAUGAUCUUGUCGGACUCGGCGCCUUGUCCCGACGCAUGCGCAUACAUGCCAACGAUGAUGUCUAUGAUACGACGCGAACAAAAAUGGCGCGAGCCGAGGAGACUGAGAAGAGCAAGUGUAUACGUGAGAUCAAGCCAAAUCAAUCGGAUAUUGGACGUAAGGUGAAGAAGCCGCCAGGCUCAUCAUCAUCAACGUCGGCCAACUCUCAACACAACAGUGGGAACAAUAACAGCAACAACAACAGCAGCAACAACAACAACAAUAGCAACAGCAGCAGCAAUAGUUUUAACAUUAAUAGUAGUUUUAACAGUCGUAAGUUAAUUUCAUCGCCAUUAAAUGGCCUCACGUCAGCGUUAGGAACAGCUGGAGGAACAGUAGCUUCUCGUUCGCCCAAUCCCAAUAUGUUGGGCGCCAGCGGAACCAUCAAUGGUCGUAGUAGUGCCGCUGCUCUGGCCAGCACCUUUGCCAAUGGUGUCUCACAGGGCUAUGCGCUAAGCGGCAAUUCGCCCCGAGAAAGCAACAACCACAUUGCAGCAGCACCAACAAUUGCCAACAACAGCAACAAUGGACGCAACAAAAUGCUCAACGGCAACAAUGCGCGCAAUGGCAACAGCAAAUCGGGCAAUGGCAAUGGCAAUGGUAAUGCUGGUGGCAACAAAAUGUCGGAUGUGGCACGGCGUAGCAUACGCGAGCGUCUGAUACAUUUGCUGGCGCUGAAGCCGUACAAGAAGCCGGAGCUGUAUGCGCGCCUCAAAAACGAGGGCAUUAAGGAUCGCGAACUCAAGUUGGUCUGCAAUAUACUCACGGACAUCAGCACCACAUCGCACAAUACGUAUAAUCUGCGGCGGCAAAUGUGGAACGAUGUCGAUGAGAAUUGGCCUUUCUUCAGUGAGCAGGAGAUACAGCAGCUGAAGCGACGCAAGCCACAGAAUCUGACGCCGCCUAUGAGCUCUGAUGCGGGCAGCUCCACGUCCGGACAAAGUCCCACGUCAACGCACACGGGCAGUCCGCCGCCGCUGCUACUUAUGGCGCCCCACAACAGUGGCUCGCAGCAAAUGCCCAUGGGACACCACCAGGGCGGCAACAAUAACAUGAGCAACGGCGGUGGCGGUGGCGGCAAGCGCAGCACCAUUGAGUACGAUGAGAUGUUCAGCACCGUGGCGCCCAAGAAGCAGCGCAUCAGUCAUUAUAAAAAGGAAAUUAGCAGUGGCGCACAGUUUUCUGCCAGCUCCUCAUCCUUAAAUUCAUCCGCCCCCUCUGCGUAUCGGCGUGCUGCUGGUGGAGCUGCCUAUACGCCACCACAGCAGCCCAGCCGACCAGCGUUGCCGCAGCUGGACGAGCACAACAGCAGUGACUUGAGCUACAAUGUGUUGGAUAACAUUGAUGAGUUUAGAAGUAUGGCUGCCGCAGCGGAACGCAGCAGUAGCAGUCGACGUGGCAGCGGCUCAAAGCAGAGCAGCAGCAACAGCAGCGGUGGUGGUGGUGGUGGUAGUAGCAGCAGCGCCGAAAAACGCAACUCUACGGGGAGCAAUUCAAGCAGUUCCAGCGGCUAUGAGACGCAACAGGAGCGAAAUAGUCGCCAGUCAAAUGCGAGCGGCAGCAGUAGUCGCAAAUCCUCAACGACGCCGCCCAAGUUGGCUGCUAGCUUUGUGCGUCAGUCGGCGCCAACAGCAACGCAGCAGCAACAGCAACGCAACAGUCUCAGCAGUAGCAGCAACAGCAAUGCGCAUGAUGAGUACAACUCAUACAACAACAACACACACGCUGCUUCCAACAGCAAGAAACGCACGAGUAGCAGCAGCAGCAGCAGCAACAACAGCAUUGGACAACGACAACGGAAUAGCAGUAGCAGCAACAAUAGUGCCUAUCAACAACAACAGCAACAGCAGCCGUUGUCCGCGCCAGCGCAGCAUAAUAAUCAUCAUCAACAGCAACAUCAGCAGCAACAAUCCUAUUCACAGCAGCAGCAGCAGCAGCAACAUCAAUACCAGCAACAGCGACAGCCACAACAGCAGCAAUACCGCGAGCCCGCUGCUGUUAACAGCAGCAGCAGCAACACCACCGCCAAGCAUCCAUCACCCUCACAACAAUUGGCAGAGGCUGCGAAUGCUUAUGGCACCGCUGCCGCUCCUGGCGAUGCCAAUGCCGCACCACGUUACGAUUUUAGCAAUUAUGCGCCCAUACGCACACUGGAGGUGCGAAGACGCUACAAGACUGAAUUUGAGAGCGACUAUGAUGAGUACCGCAAGCUGUUAACCAGCGUUGAGGGUGUGCGCAAGCGCUUCCAGGAUCUGUCCAAGCGCUUGGAAGGCGCCCAACGUCGCGGCGGCGGUGACUACGAUCAGAUCAAGCGACAAAUUGUCAGCGAGUAUGAGCGCAUCAAUAGCGAUCGUAGCAUACACGAGGAUAAGCAGCGCUUCGACUAUUUGCAUGCCAAGUUGGCGCACAUCAAGCAGCUUGUGAUGGACUAUGAUAAGACGCUGAUAAGUGCCAAUGCAGCGACAGCAACAGCGAUGCCCAUGGCUGCGGGUGUGGAGCCAGCAGCAGCUGCUCGUUUGAUGCCUGACAACAGCAGCAAUAUCAAGAUGCAGCAGCAGCAACCACAACAGCAGCAGCAUCAACAGCAACACCAUGCAGUGGAAACGAUACAGCAACAACAACAGCAGCAGCAGCAGCAUUACAACAGCAAUAAUAAGAACAGCAAUAAUAGCAAUGGCAGCCAUGAGAGUGACUCUGACGAUAGUUCAGAUAGCUCUGAUUCCAAUGAUGACGAUGAUGAAGAUUGCGAUGAUUCCAACUCCAAUACUGAUGACGACGAACGCUACUGAAAUGUUAUACAUCAAACAAUCAAACAAUGAAUUAUUUAAUUAAUUAAUAAUUUAAUCAAUCAAUCACUCGGAACCUAAAGAAAACAACAACACAACUGCAGUUGCGGUUGCGCAAUCAAAUGUAAAAAGGCAAAAACACAAAAAAAUAUAUAUA